AUGGCUGCCAUUGCUUCGGGCGGCUCUCAUCUCCACCCACCCUUGGUGCAGCCCAUCAUCUUUUGCGGUCCAGGCAGCAACCUCUACCCACUCUGCAGCUCCACCGUCGCCGCUGAUGCCACUCAAGAUCCUCAUCGCUCGGAUCUCGUCGAUCUCCCCAAGGCCAUGCUUCCAGUGUUCAAUCGCCCAAUGAUCGCAUACGCACUGCAGCAGCUUCUCUCUGCUGGUCUACGCCAUGCUGUUGUCUUUGCGCCCUCCGAGCAUCACUCUGUCAUCGCUGCUGCUCUCAAGUCCCUCAUCCUCAUUCCACCCACACUCGUCCAGUCAGGAAAGAAGCUCUCUUCCGCGGCUGCGGCUGCCGCCGCUGCUGCUGUUGAGGAAGCCUCGAAGUAUCCCAACGUCUCAGUCUCAGUCGGCCUCAAUAGCGCUUCCACCGCGCCAGCUGCUUCCGAUCCAUAUCUCUCUGGGAACUCGUUCGCUGUCUCUUCCACACAGAACGAGACUGUCAUGCGUGUCGAUCUCUUGCCCCUCGGUCCCGAUGACCUCGUCAGUCCCAAGUCGAGCUCUCGCGUUUCGAGUUCUGCGAGCAAAUACAAGAAAUUCGGCACCGCAGGUCUCGUCUCGUGGCUUCAUUCUAUUGGCAGGCUCGAUAAGGACCCUCUCGUUCUUCCGGUCGACUUGAUCACUCAGUCCAUCUCUCUUACCGACAUCAUCAACAGCCAUGUCUCUAGCGCACCGGAUUCGCCCGCCUUGACGUGCCUCAUGUAUGAGAGAGGCGCCGGCGAAGGCACUGGCAAAGAGCGCGAGAAAGACGGACCGCCAAAGCUCUUCAGCGCCUAUGAGCGCCCUUCUUCACAGACCAGCAGCUCGUCAAUCUCCGGCAACACAGAUCACUGCACCACCCACCAGCUGCUGCUUCUGCAGGAUUCCGAUGACGUUUCGGACAUCGACUCUUCCGACCUUCAUCUGCGCAUGUCUCUCUUAUGGUCCCAUCCUCAUGUUCGUGUAUCCACCGCCCUCCUUGACUCCCACGUCUAUCUCUUCAGCCUCCAGCAGCUUCUCAGCCUCCUCACUUCCGAAGCUGGUUCCAAGAUGAAGAGCCUCCGCGAAGAGGUCGUUCCCUUCAUGGUCAAGUGCAGCUGGAUGGUCGGUCUUCGCGAGAAGGCUGGUUGGAACCAACACGCAGCCAAGGACACCUCCCUUUCCGAUCAUCUCUCCUCAUGGAACGCCGGCUCUGCAAAAGAGAAUGAUGCCAGCAACCUCCGGUCGAGCACAUUUGUCGACCCAGAGCUCCUUCAGGCUGGGUCUUCGUUCCGACCUGCUCUCGACAAUCUCAACAAUCGCACGUCGCCGCCUUUCACUCCCGAUCGUUCUCAGCUCGUGUCUCCCGCUGCCAAGCUUGACGAACAAACCCGUGCCGCGAACGUACGAGAACAGGCUCGCGCCUCGGCCAAGAAAGCUGCAAGCCAAGCAAGAGUCAAUGCACUCAUCUUCCGGCUCACAGCUGACAGAAAGCAUCCCGUCGACCCUUCCACAUCUAUCGAAGAGAUCAGAGAGAGGGAAGAAGAUGCAAGACGCGAGCCUUUCAUUGCCCGAGCCAACACUGUCCCAACCUAUUUGGAGUGCAACCGAUAUCUGCUGCGCUCUUUAGCCACUGGAUCCACCGGACAGUCGAGCACUUCAGCAUCACACGCAGCCACGGCCGCCUCUUUGCCUGCUUCCACGCUCUCGCAUCCUUUGCCUAAUCAGUCGCUGCCGCCUCCCGCGACUCCAGCUCAAGCAGCCACCGAUUCAGGGUCUGCACAGGAUACGGCCAAGACUUCGUCACCGGCACAAUGGAUCGACUCCAAAUCACAAAUUUCCUCGGAUUCGCUGGUCGAAACCUUCACGCGCGUUAGCGAACGCACCACCAUCAAACGGAGCGUGGUCGGACGCGCAUGUGCAAUUGGCAAGAAUGUCAAGCUAACAGGCGUCAUCGUUAUGGAUGGCGUCAAGAUCGGCGACAACGCCAAGCUCGAGAACUGCAUCCUCGCGGCCGGCUCCAUCGUCGAGGAGAAGUGCAACCUCAAGGAUUGUGAUGUGGCUGCCUCGGUCAAGGUUCCUGCUGGAACCAACAGCAAGGGCGAGAAGUUUGACGAAUGA